ACACUGAUACCUCACCUCUCUCCAUCUCCCACCACAUUGAAACUAAUUGAUCACCAGUACUACUCCCCUCUUCUUCAUCUCCUUCCUUAUCACUCCCACAACUCACCUUUUGAUCUCCUCUCCUUCUUCCCCUCCACGCUCUCCUGGUCUUCCGAUCGAUCCGCACAUCUCGAUCUCCUCCUUCCUCGCCUUCUCCCCUGCUUCCCCAUGCGUUACUCUCCAUAACCCUCCAUCUCCCUAGCUACGUACCUUCUGACCUUUUCCCUUCCUCUCUUCUUUAUUUAUACCCUUUCCCCCCUCUCCUUCCACAUUAAUAACUGAUAACUAAUUAAUUCUUUAAACAUGGCUUCUUCUUCUUCUCCUCUCUUAGCGAUUUUGGUCACUGCGGUUGCAGUUCUAAUGGCGGUUUCGCUUCCCCCGCCGGCGCUUUCCACCUCCAGAAGAGCUCUCGACAAUGGUGAUGCGGCGGCGGGGGCGGGGAUUGGGUUCCGAGUGGCUCUCCGGCACGUCGAUUCGGAAGGAAAUUUCACCAAGUUUGAGCUGCUCCAGCGCGCCAUCAAGCGUGGGAGGCACAGACUCCAUAGGCUGUCGUCCAUGGCCCUGGCGGGGUCGCCUUCUUCUUCGAACCCUGCCGGGGGAGUGGAAGCCCCUGUGCGCGCCGGCAGCGGGGAGUUCCUCAUGAAGCUCUCCAUCGGUACGCCGGCGGAGUCGUUCUCCGCCAUCAUGGACACCGGGAGCGACCUAAUUUGGACGCAGUGCAAGCCCUGCCAGGAGUGCUUCGACCAGCCAACGCCAAUCUUCGACCCGAAGAAAUCUUCCUCCUUCUCGAAGUUAUCUUGUUCGAGCAGCCUAUGCACCGCCCUCCCUGCCUCCACCUGCUCCGACGGCUGUGAGUAUCUCUACACCUACGGCGACUACUCCUCCACCCAAGGCGUCAUGGCCACCGAAACCUUCUCCUUUGGGGACGACGCCGCCGCCCUCCCCAAAGUCGCGUUCGGGUGCGGCGAAGACAACGAGGGAGACGGGUUCGUUCAGGGUGCAGGCCUCGUGGGCUUAGGCCGCGGGCCCCUCUCCCUCGUCUCCCAGCUAGACGAGCUCAAAUUCUCGUAUUGCCUCACCUCAAUCGACGACACCAAGAGCAGCUCCCUCCUAAUGGGCUCCGCCGCCUCCACCGUCCCGAAAAACUCCAACUCCGCCGUCACCACCCCUCUUCUCAAAAACCCGUCGCAGCCGUCGUUCUACUACCUCGGGCUGGAGGGCAUCACGGUGGGGUCCUCCAGGCUGGACAUCGCGAAGUCAACCUUCGCGUUGCAGGACGACGGCAGCGGCGGCCUGAUCAUCGACUCCGGCACCACCAUAACUUACUUGGAGGACGGCGCGUUCGAGGAGGUGAAGAAGGCGUUCGUGGCGCAGGUGAAGCUGGCGGUGGACGAGUCGGGGGCGGGGGGGCUGGACCUUUGCUUCACGCUGCCGUCGGGGACGGCGCCGGUGAAGGUGCCGAAGAUGGUGUUGCAUUUCCAGGGGGAGGCGGAUUUGGAGUUGCCGGCGGAGAACUACAUGAUAGCGGAUCAGACGGUGGGGUUGAUGUGUUUGGCGAUGGGGAGUUCAAGUGGGAUGUCCAUACUGGGGAACGUGCAGCAGCAGAACAUGAUGGUGGUGCAUGAUCUGCAGAAGGAAACGCUGUCGUUUGUUCCCACUAAGUGCAACAAACUGUAAAACGACGUAGUAUAGGGGAUAAUUGAAUUAGCAUGAGUUGCUGUAUUGUACGGGUCUGGCCCUGUAUGGUUCUUGGUUGGUUCAUUGUGUGGUUUGAUUUCAUUGAUAUCAAUAUAUUGGUUUGACUC